GCGAAACUUAAAACCUGAAAGAAAAGGGAAAAACUGACAUUUGUGGAAAAUCAGAAAAUUAUGUGGCUGAUCAACCAGAACACCACGACGAUGAGAGCGGCUCGCCAUUCACUGAACGCCACCGGGCUCCUGCUGUUUCUCCUUCUCGCAAGCUUGUUGCUCUUCAGCUCGUCUGGCGCAUACGCGGAUAGCUCACCCGAUAUCGAUUGCAACUACUGUCAGGGUCGUGGCUUUCCGUAUGUGUGCAACGUUACCAUGGCCAGCGGUAUCUGUUUUAUGUACUCGGGAGAUAUGCGAUGCAACGGAGAAAAGGGCUGCCAAUGCUGCCGCACCGUCAGCGCCGCCGGUUGUACGCUGUGCAGCAUGGAAGCAGACUGGGACGCCUACGAUGACGAUGAGGCGGACAUCUGA